CUUUCCGCCAGCGGCAGGCGAUUCGGAGCAUGCCCAUUUGAGGCGUAGCUCGUCCGUUUCUCGUUCUCCUCCUCGCCGUGCCCCUCCCCCCUCACCAUUUUACGGCCUCUCCUCUGCCCUGCCCGUGUCCACCAUUCGCCCCUCCCUCACCACGGCCGUCCUCCCCCCCCGGCCCCGCCCCCAGCCGCCGCCGCCCGGCGCCAUGGCGGCCACAGCGCGGGAGCACCUGCUGGUGGUGCGGCGGCGGAGCCCCCAGAUGAGGUACACGCUGAGCCCCGAGAACCUGCAGAGCCUGGCGGCGCAGAGUGCCGGGCCACCCGAGGCGCUGGGGCUGCCGCGGGCCAACAGCGACACCGACCUCGUCACCUCCGACAGCCGCUCCUCCCUCACUGCCUCCACCUACGAGUUCACCCUGGGCCGCGCCCCCAACCUCAUCAUCUCCUGGGACAUCAAGGAGGAGGUAGACGCCACUGACUGGAUCGGCCUCUAUCACAUCGAUGAGACCUGUCCCGCCAACGUGUGGGACUCCAAGAACCGCGGGGUGAACGGCACACAGAAGGGCCAGAUCAUAUGGAGGCUGGAGCCCGGGCCCUACUUUAUGGAGCCCGAGACAAAGAUCUGCUUUAAAUACUACCAUGGAGUGAGCGGCGCCCUCAGAGCUACAACGCCCUGCAUCACCGUCAAGAACCCUGGCGUCCUGGCAGGGGACGAAGGACAGGCGCAGGGGCAGUCGGUGACGGAGCACUGUCGCAAGCUUGUGAGCUUCACCCUGUCAGAUAUUCGUGCUCUGGGCCUAAAGAAGGGCAUGUUCUUUAAUCCUGACCCCUAUCUGAAGAUGUCCAUCCAGCCUGGCAAGAAGAGCAGCUUCCCCACGUUUGCCCACCACGGCCAGGAGAGACGAGCCUCCAUCAUUGCCAACACCACCAACCCUGUCUGGCACGGAGAGAAGUACACCUUUGUAGCCCUGGUGACAGACGUUCUGGAGAUUGAAGUGAAGGACAAGUUUGCCAAAAGCCGCCCAAUCAUCAAGCGUUUCCUGGGUCAGCUGACCAUCCCGGUGCAGAGGGUGCUGGAGAGGCAUGCAGCUGGGGACCAACCGCUGAGCUACACCCUGUGUCGCCGGUUGCCCACUGAGCAUGUGAGCGGUCAGCUGCAGUUCCGUGUGGAGAUCACCUCUACUGGACACGAAGAGGCGUCCCCUGAUGCCAUGGGCUCACUCCUCGGGGCUGCAGCCGUGAACGGGGACCCGGGGAGCCCCUCAGACGACGAGGACCUGCCCCACCCCCACCCCGGGGCCGCCCGCGGCAUCUCUCCCACGGGGUCAGAGGGGUCACUGCCCGGGGAAGGGGCGAGGAAUGGGGAGGGCGGGGCUGAAUUGCGGGAGGACGAGGAAGGCGGGGCCGAGGGAGGGGCCGAGGGGGGAGCCCCUGCCCACACGCUGCGGCAGGUGUCCCUCAACGACUACCUGGACGCCAUCGAGGCCCCGAAAGGCCCCGGGGAGCGGCCCCUGGGGGCGGCCUCGCCCAAGCUGCGCUCCAGUUUCCCCACAGACACGCGCCUCAGCGCCAUGCUCCACAUUGACUCGGACGAGGACGAGGAGGGGGCGGGGCGCGACGCCGGCCGGGCGGAGGGGGGCCUGCCAGUGCUCAAUGGGGGUGCGGAGGGGCCGGGGGACGUCUUCUUCACCUCAGAGAUGGAGCAGGAGGCGGAGCUGCAGAGGAAAGGGGAGGGGCCAGAGAAGGAGGAAGGCGCCGGCGUGGGCCCCGCCCGGGGGGAGGGGGCUGAGUCGGAGGCCGCCGCCCCCAGCCCUCCUUCCAAAGGCCAGGAUGGGGCAGAGGAGGGACGGGAGGCCGGCCAGGGACAGGCGAGGGAGGAGACAGAGGGAGCCCCCACAUCUGGUCCCACUCGACCGCUGGCUGGCUGCUCCACGUUGGACAGCACCCGCCACCCAGCCACCUCCUCACAGGAGGAAGAGGAAGGGGCAGCAGCUGCCACUGACCCGGGGGGAGGGGCUGUCAGCAAAGCCAUGCCCACUAUAAGCGAUGUGGCGGAUGAAGGGGGUGGGGCCUGUGCACCUGAUGUGACAGAGGGUGAAGCUUCUGGGAGCUCAGCCGAUGGGGAAGAGGAGGGGGAGGAGAUCUGGCAGAGGAGGCAGAGCCUGCAGGCAGCCGGUGGUGUGUCUCAAGAGGAGGAGACGAGAAUGUCUGGGAUGGGCGGGUCGGUGGACUCGACACAGAGCGCCACGGAGACGGAUGGAGAGUCAGGUGCCCAGCUGAACGGACACCAGCCUGUGCGUUCCCUGCCCUCUGUGCGACACGACAUCAGCCGCUACCAGAGAGUGGAUGAGCCCCUGCCUCCCAACUGGGAGGCUCGGAUCGACAGUCAUGGACGCAUUUUCUACGUUGACCAUGUGAACCGGACCACCACCUGGCAGCGCCCCACCGCCCCCCCAGCCCCCCAGGUUCUGCAGAGGUCCAACUCCAUCCAGCAGAUGGAACAGCUCAACCGCAGGUAUCAGAGCAUCCGCAGGACGAUGACCAGUGAGAGGUCGGAGGAGCAGGCGGAGAUUCCCCCGGAGGAUAGUGACCUGAUGCACCACUCCAUCCCCGAGUACCGGCGGGACAGUGCGGUGGGGGCCUCCAGCUCGCGCUCACGCCUCAGCCUCCUGCUCCAGUCCCCCAGCGCCAAAUUCCUCACCAGCCCCGACUUCUUCACCGUGCUGCAUUCCAACCCUAGUGCCUACCGCAUGUUUACAAGCAACACCUGCCUGAAGCAUAUGAUCAGCAAGGUGCGUCGCGACGCACACCACUUCGAGCGCUAUCAGCACAACCGCGACCUGGUCACCUUCCUCAACAUGUUCUCCAACAAGCAGCUGGAGCUGCCGCGCGGCUGGGAGAUGAAGCACGACCACACGGGAAAGCCGUUCUUCGUGGACCACAACUGUCGCUCCACGACAUUCAUCGACCCGCGGCUGCCGCUGCAGAGCGCUCGGCCCAGCAGCCUGCUGGCUCACCGGCAGCACCUAACCCGCCAGCGCAGCCACAGCGCCGGCGAGGUGAGCACGCGGCGCCUGGUGGGUGAUGACCCGCGGCAUUCGGGCCCCCCUGUCCUCCCCCGGCCCUCCAGCACCUUCAACACGGUCAGCCGCAGCCAGUGCCAGGACGUGGUACCUGUGGCCUACAAUGACAAAAUAGUGGCGUUUCUACGGCAACCCAACAUCUUUGAAAUCCUGCAGGAGAGACAGCCGGAGCUGAUCAGGAACCACUCACUCAGGGAGAAGGUGCAGUUCAUUCGCAGUGAGGGUGCCUCUGGGUUGGCCCGACUCUCCAGUGAUGCAGACCUGGUCAUCCUACUCAGCCUAUUUGAAGAGGAAGUGAUGUCAUACGUGCCGCCCCACGCCUUACUGCACCCAAGCUACUGUCAGUCUCCUCGCGGUUCCCCUGUGUCCUCUCCGCAGAACUCCCCCGAUUUGUUUUGUCUUCCAGGCACCCAGCGGGCAAACGCCCGUGCGCCCGCCCCUUACAAGAGAGACUUCGAGGCCAAGCUGCGAAACUUCUACCGCAAGCUGGAGACCAAGGGAUAUGGUCAGGGUCCUGGCAAGCUCAAGCUGAUCAUCCGCAGGGAUCACCUCCUGGAGGAUGCCUUCAAUCAGAUCAUGUGCUACUCCCGCAAGGACCUGCAGAGGAGCAAGCUCUACGUCACCUUCGUGGGAGAGGAGGGACUGGAUUACAGCGGGCCCUCACGGGAGUUCUUCUUCCUGGUUUCACGGGAGCUCUUUAACCCUUACUAUGGUCUGUUUGAAUACUCCGCCAAUGACACCUACACCGUGCAGAUCAGCCCCAUGUCGGCGUUUGUGGACAACCACCAUGAGUGGUUCCGGUUCAGCGGUCGCAUACUGGGUUUGGCACUGAUCCACCAGUACCUGUUGGAUGCCUUCUUCACACGUCCCUUCUACAAGGGCCUUCUGCGCAUCCCCUGUGACCUCAGUGACCUGGAGUACCUGGACGAAGAGUUCCACCAGAGCCUGCAGUGGAUGAAGGACAACGACAUCAACGAUAUGCUGGAUCUCACCUUCACUGUCAACGAGGAGGUCUUCGGGCAGAUCACAGAGCGUGAGCUGAAGCCGGGCGGGGCUAACAUACCGGUGUCUGAGAAGAACAAGAAGGAGUACAUUGAGCGCAUGGUGAAGUGGCGCAUCGAGAGGGGCGUGGUCCAGCAGACGGAGAGCUUAGUGCGGGGCUUCUACGAGGUGGUGGACGCGCGGCUGGUGUCGGUGUUUGAUGCGCGGGAGCUGGAGCUGGUCAUCGCUGGCACGGCGGAAAUCGACCUGGGAGACUGGAGGAACAACACGGAGUACAGAGGAGGUUACCACGACAACCACAUUGUGAUUCGCUGGUUCUGGGCAGCGGUGGAGAGAUUCAAUAACGAACAGCGACUCAGACUCCUGCAGUUUGUAACGGGUACCUCCAGCAUUCCCUAUGAGGGUUUCGCCUCCCUACGCGGCAGCAAUGGACCACGCAGGUUUUGUGUGGAGAAGUGGGGCAAAAUCACCUCCUUGCCCAGGGCGCACACUUGCUUCAACCGGCUGGACCUCCCCCCGUACCCCUCCUUCUCCAUGCUGUAUGAGAAGAUGCUGACAGCCGUGGAGGAGACCAGCACCUUUGGCCUGGAGUGACCCCACCUCGCUCGCCAGCUCAGCCCUGCACCCCUCCUCUGACCCUGGGCUCCUUCGGACUGCGCACAGCCUAACCCCCCAACCCUGACACUCCCAGACACUAACCACACACUGACCACACACUGACACUCUGACACACU